ACGAUUUGAUUUUCGUCCCUCUCGUUCUCGGUGUUGUUGUUCUCGGUGACGCGACGGAGGUGUAGCCUGACGCGGUCUCUUACGUGUCGGCCUGAAUAAAAGUGGAGCUCCGAGGGCCCGGGAGUGACCGAGGGAGUCUGUUUCGCUAAGUCGAUGACCAUGGAGUCGGGAGCAGAGGUUCAUCAGGGAGGAGACACGGCAGUGUCAGAGACAGACAGCCAACAGAUCUCCCAGGCACAGAUAGCCACCCUGGCACAGGUUUCCAUGGCAGCAGGUCACGCCACAUCCAGCGGUCCUACAGUCACCCUGGUGCAGUUGCCCAAUGGCCAGACGGUCCAGGUUCACGGCGUCAUCCAGGCCGCUCAGCCCUCUGUCAUACAGUCACCACAGGUCCAGACUGUUCAGAUCUCCACCCUAGCAGAGAGUGAAGACUCUCAAGAGUCAGUGGACAGUGUGACUGACUCUCAGAAACGCAGAGAGAUCCUCUCACGACGCCCCUCAUAUAGGAAGAUCCUGAAUGACCUGUCAUCGGGUGACACCCCAGGGGUUCCCAGGAUCGAGGAAGAGAAAUCGGAGGAGGACACAGCGCCCGCCAUCACCACGGUUACAAUGCCCACAUCAUGCCCCAUCUACCAGACCAGCAGUGGCCAGUACAUCGCCAUCACCCAGGGCGGGGCAAUCCAGCUGGCCAAUAACGGAACAGACGGGAUCCAGGGACUGCAGACCCUGACUAUGACAAACGCUGCGGCCGCCCAGCAGGGCACUACCAUCCUGCAGUACGCUCAGACCUCGGACGGCCAGCAGAUCCUGGUGCCAAGCAACCAGGUGGUAGUGCAAGCUGCGUCAGGAGAUGUGCAGGCCUACCAGAUCCGCACGGCCCCCACUAGCACCAUCGCCCCUGGGGUGGUCAUGGCCUCCUCCCCUGCCCUGUCUGGCCAGGGGGGCCCAGAGGUAGAAGUUACCCGCAAGAGAGAGGUCAGACUCAUGAAGAACAGAGAGGCGGCCCGCGAGUGUCGCAGGAAGAAGAAGGAGUAUGUCAAGUGUCUUGAGAACCGCGUGGCCGUGCUGGAAAACCAGAACAAAACCCUCAUAGAGGAACUGAAAGCACUUAAAGACCUGUACUGCCAUAAAUCUGAGUAGCUUCAAAAUAACCCAUCCUAGCCCAACUGUCACUCCCUAUUCAGCGGGCAUCAGACUGCCCACUGACCUGUACAGAGACUCUGCCAAGCAUUGGCCUACGGGCAUGACCCAUGACAUCUGAAGCAAGAGGAUGUGAGAGAGAAGACAGAAUGAAAAUGGAUUGCUGGACGGGAGAUCAGUGAUGGACAGUGCUUUGUGGGAAUUGUAGUAAACAUGACCACUUUGGCCCAUACGUCCCCCAAUCUCCCAUCCACCAAUCCAUUUUCACCCUGUCUUCUCUCUCACAUCCUCUUGCUUCCACUCCUUCUUCUCCCGCUCACUUGUUAUCCACCUUUUCAUCUUUCUUUGCCUCUCCCAACUUCUCUCAACAUUAUCCCACCGCGGAACUGAAAGGAUGAGGAUUCAUUCUUCAGUGGUUCCAGGGAUAACGUGGUGAAACAACACUAACUCUUUUACACUAUUCAAGCUUCUUGUUUGGGGUUUGAAUACUGGGAAGAGAAGUCACAGACUUCUGACAUAGUCAUUUUUUAUUAACCCAACGCCUCUUAUGUCUUCACUAACCAUGGUUAGCAAAUCAAACCAUAGGGUUAGUGUCUGCAUGUCCAAUCAGCUCAAGAGGAAGUCAAGACAAGGAAGUCAAGGUAGCCUCCAGAACCCUGGCAUUGGAGUCAGUUAAGACAUUGUAGAUUUCCCUGGGCCCGGUUUCCCAAAAGCAUCUUAAUGCUAAGUUCAUCGUUAGAACCUUUGUAGGAGCCUCGUUAUUAACAUUGCACUUGAAAGCGCUCGUAAUCUAACGCAUGCUUCAGACCACUCGUAGAACAGCAGUGCGUCGUUAGAUGCUUUUUUGCCCUCCUUUAUGUACAGAAGAUCUCCGCUAAACAUCACAUGGUUUAUCCGUCUCUCUGUGUCCGAUGAUAACUUAAGAACAAUGUUGACUACAAAUGCAAAGGUGCCAAUGUCUUUGUAAUUGAUACAAACAAGCAACGUAUAAAAAUAUGCUCCAAAUGAAAACCAAGAUGACUGCAUUAAAAUAUAAACAGUAGGAUGUAGGCCUAUUUCAGUCCUAUUGAAAUACAUACCAUGUUCAAUCAAUUGAGUUCUAUUUUCCUACUUGUAGGCUACUGUUUGUAAUUUGUCUCAAUAUAUUUCAUGAUGUGUAGCCUAACGUGCUUAAUGAUGUGCCAAAUCUUUGAUUUAGUGGGUAAGCAUUAGACUAAGGCGCCUCAAUAUUUGCAUCCAUGGGUGGUAAUAUCCGUAGCCGCGGGAAGUAAGGGUGCUGAGGGUGCUGCAUCACCCCCUGAUAAAUCACAAUAAACCAAAUUAGUGCACUAGGCCUUUGAAUAAACCAAAUUGGUGCACUAGGCCUUUAUUACCCCUGUAUGAGUGGAGAAAAAUAUUAAUCCGCAGAGCGGGGAAAAGCCCCCCAACUCGCCCGUCGACAAAGAAUUUCAGCACCCCCACCCUAAAACAACUUCCUGCGGCCAUGGUAAUAUCACUCUAGAAGCUGAUCUGUCGUCGGUAUUGUGAAAUAAUGUUGAGGAAAGUUCCCUUUCUUUCAAUCCUAUCAGUAUCAACACAUGAUCAAACGACGCUCUUAGCGAGCUUCUCUCUGUGUGGUGUUUUGGGAAACUCAUGUUACAUCUUUGGGAAAGAUACAUUGUUAGAACACGCCUAAAUUCCAUCGCUAUCAGGAAACCGGGCCCUGCUCAGUAGAUCAUAUGAGAUCAGAUUGUUAUUUUCUAGAUCUCAGUGCUUAGGUUAAACCUCCAUAAUCAGUAUAACCCAUCAACUCGGAUUCAUCUUCCAUUUCAAGUGUCUUGGGUAUUUUCUGUAUUUCGUUACAUUUUGAUAUCUGAGAUUUGAGCUACUUUUGUUACACUCUAAAGAUUUGGACUGUUGCUUGGUGGUGGUGGAAUAUGGAUCCCAUAUAACUACUGAAGAAAACAGAUUCAUGUCUGAAUACUGGAAAAAGUUGUCAGUACACACUACAUAUGGGUUAAUGGCAAUUAUCUGAGAUUAAAUUCACCUAAGUAAAUCUUGUUGGAAUAGAUACAUUUGUAAUCUCCGGCAUACACAUAUUUAUGGUGAGUGUACUACUGUACAUACAUUCAGUACAUACAUUACCGUUCAAACGUUUGGGGUCACUUAGAAGUGUCCUUGUUUUAAAAAAUAAUAAUAAUAAAAGCACGUUUUCUGGGGCCAUGAAAAGAACAUCAAUUUGAUCAGAAACACAGUGUAGGCAUUGUUAAUGUUGGAAAUUACUAUUGUAGCUGGAAACAGCAGAUUUUUAAUGAAUUAUCUACAUAGGCGUACAGAGGCCCGUUUUAAAAGGCUAAUUGAUCAUUCUAGGCAAGAGAUCCUCUGUCCAGUGUCUGUGUUCUUUUGCCCAUCUUAAUCUUUUCUUUUUAUUGGCCAGUCUGAGAUAUGGCUUUUUUUUGCAACUCUGCCUAGGCCAGCAUCCCGGAUUCGCCUCUUCACUGUUGACAUUGAGACUGGUGUUUUGCGGGUACUAUUUAAUGAAGCUGCCAGUUGAGGACUUGUGAGGCGUCUGUUUCUCAAACUCUACACUCUAAUGUACUUGUCCUCUUGCUCAGUUGUGCACCGGGGCCUCCCAAUCCUUUUUUCCAUUCUGGUUAGAGCCAGUUUGUUCUGUGAAGGGAGUAGUACACAGCGUUGUACGAGAUCUACAGGUUGUUGGCAAUUUCUCGCAUGGAAUAGCCUUUAUUUCUCAAAACAAGAAUAGACUGACGAGUUUCAGAAGAAAGUUAUUUGAUUCUGGCCAUUUUGAGCCUGUAAUCAAACCCACAAAUGCUGAUGCUCCAGAUACUCGACUAGUCUAAAGGCCAGUUUUAUUGCUUCUUUAAUCAGGACACCAGUUUUCAGCUGUGCUAACAUAAUUGCAAAAGCGUUUUCUAAUGAUCAAUUGGCCUUUUAAAAUGAUAAACUUGGAUUAGCUAACACAACGUGCCAUUGGAACACAGGAGUGAUAGUUGCUGAUAAUGGGCCUCUGUACACCUAUGUAGAUAUUCCAUAAACAAUCUGCCGUUUCCAGCUACAAUAGUCAUUUACAACAUUAACAAUGUCUACACUGUAUUUCUGAUCAAUUUGAUGUUAUUUUAAUGGGCAAAACAUUUGCUUUUCUUUCAAAAACAAGGACAUUUCUAAGUGAUCCCAAACUUUUGAACGGUAGUGUAUACAAUUACAUUAACAAUUCGUUACUAGGUUUAUGUAGGACUUGGGAUCAAUCUUCCAACAUCACAGACAUAGAUACUUUAUAUUCUGUUUAUGAUAGGAUAAAGUAGUACCAUAUUGUAUUACAUAUUGAUUAUUUUUCUUUUGAUAUAAUUACUAUACAUGGAGCCUACAGCAUGUGUAGAUUUUACUAUGAUAUUUCUAUUGAUUUGAUAAGAAAAUUGUUAUGCAUAAUAUGAAACCAAUAUAGAUUAACGUAUUUGUAUCAUAUAUUGCAGCACAUAAAAAAAUAUAAAAAUAUGUACAUGUAUAUUCCUUUAGCUUACCAGGCCUAUUACAAUGUCGGCAGCUAUUUAAGAAAAAGGCCUUUUUUAAACUCACCAUGCUUUGUGGUGCUCUGCUCAUCUUCUUUUGAGACAGGCGAGUGAACAGCCUGUUGGAAGCUAUUACGACCCAUAAGACAUAUUAGUUCAAUUAGUCCUCUGGGUUUCAUUAAGCUGUAAAUGGCUAAGAAAUAAAUGUGAUUCUGCCGGCUACACCACUCAUCUGUACAGAGGACUGAGCCCUAAGUGGUUGUAAAAGUCUCUUGCGAAUGUUGUAACAUGCUUACUAUAAAUGCAUUUCAUCACAGAGCACCCCCCCCGCCUAGAUUAGGAAGCAACACCAUCAUGCAACGAAAGCUUAUUUUCUUUUUGUUAGAUAUUAUGUCAUAUGUAAUGUCAUGGUACAGUAAAUGCAUUUCUUCCUACAUUUUUUUGUCUUUCUUUGUACUUUAUUAAUAAGAAUUCAUUUUAGACACUAGAAUAUUCCUGAAUUGAAUGUGAAAUAAAUACUUGGUUCAGCCAACUCCAAACCUGUAAUAUCUUUAAAAAAAAAACAUUAUUUGUGGAAAUAAUCAGUACCAAAAUCCUAGUUUGUUAGUCUUUUCGUAUUCAGGAGGACGCAUCAGGAAUCUACAUAUAUUGAUCCUGGGUGAACCAUGAAAAACAAAUCAACACAUUGGAAUUAGAAUGUAUCUUCAGUGUGAAUACCCAGAUUCAUCUCAUGCACAUCAAACAUAUAACAAAGCAUAACUUCUUGAGUUUUCAGUUCUCUUAGGAUGGGGGUAGUUUGUUAAUGGUUAUAAUUUUUUACUGUGUUUGUACGUUGAGCUUCAGUCAAUCCAGUGUCACUCUGCUUGCUUUAUUUUUCUACAUUAAAAGACUGUUUAUAAUGUACAGCAUUCAUCAUAUUAUGUGAAUGGUAUUGUAAAAAGAAAAGUGGGUUGGGUUCAUGUGAAAUGGUCACAGAAAGUAAUGUUUCUGAUUAUCAUUGUGCAAGGGUAGCACUGUAAUUUUGUUCUUCUGUUGCUUGCAAAAGGCAAAGCCAUCUAUUGAGUCGUAUGAAUCAUUACCUUGUCCUGGCCCUACUCUUUCAGGUUUUACAGACGCUUUGACAAGUCAUUUGUGCGGCUGAAUCCAAGCAUGACAAAUUGCAGAGGUAAUCUCUUAGCAGAGCUUUUUCAGGGUAGAUUAUGGAUUCAUGCUGAAGGGAUGCAAUUUGACACAGCACACCUUGAGUUUCAGCUUUGCCGGCUCUGUAAAACUAAUUAUUUUAUGACAGAGGAGCAGAACUGAGCAGAGCAGGUCAAUGGCGCUUACAAAACAGUAGGUGAGGUUUGUUUGAACAGAAGAAGAAUUCAUCUUGAAUUAAUCUUGACAAAAUACCAGUGAAGAUAUCAAGAGGUAAACUUGCCUAUAGGCUUUUGUAUUUAGCAUUUAAUUCAAUUUAAGUAGCUGAAUGAACGAAAAAAAUAUCAAUAGCCCUACAGUGGUUUGGUUUCUGUACCAUUUUGAGGUACACAACCUGGCUUUACUACCUGCAUGAACAGCCUGUCAUAGUGGAACUUUGAACAAUAACCUUUUUCUAAACUUUUGUGCCCUGUUUGAAUAUUGACAAUUUUACAAAUUGUAAUCUUUAAAUACCAUUUAUUGUACAUAAUGUUAUCCUGUUAAGGGAGGUUUUAUUGUGUUCCAGUUGUGUAUCUGUCCAUUGUUUAUGCUGUCUGUGAACAGCAUUAAACUAAAGCGCCUAACAAUCUACACUUUAGACAGAUACAAAGUCGCGGGGAAUAGGGGUGCUUGGAUUCUGUCCUCUGAUCAAUUAGUGCACUAGGCCUUUAUUACUCCUGUAGAAGUGGAGCGAAGCAAAGUACUUGUCAGCAGACAAAAAAAAUCUAGGAAAAAUGUCAGCA